AUGAAUUCUCAAUUACGAAUUAAAGAAGUCGUAUUUUAUAUAGAAUCUCAACAUCAGAAUAAUACUCAAAAUUGUUACUCAAAAAAGAGAAAAUCUAGUUCCAAAUUAAUUCACUCUUCUCACUCGGCUUCUAAUAACAGAGAAAAGAUAGAAAAAAUAAGUGGGGGUGAUACAUGCGAAGCAAGAAUACUCACAUGUCUUAAUAACAUUUCUAAUACAGAUAUAGUAGCCCAAAUUAAGAGAGAAAUAAAAAAAAAGAAUAAAAACUUAGCUAGUAGCACUCGUAUAAAAUCUACCACUUAA